ACAAACCAACCAAUCAAGGUAGCAGUGGACCAGCGACUUCGAUGUUCUGUGCGGUCAAUCAAAUCAAUGAAGUUUGGUGGUUUUCAAAGACAUAUCUGUCUGAUGGCAAAGGGAAGGAAAAGAAGAGAAAAUAAUAUAUAGUUUUUAGGUGGAUGAAAUACAUUUCAUUGCUUCCCCUUACCAGAGCAGUAUGUUGCUUAGUUUCUGUGUUGGCACUUCUGUCUGCUUGUCAUAAAUGGGCACCUCCUGCUGUAUGUAAUGCACUGACUGUGGAUAAGUAACCCAAUAACCCAAACUAUCCCUUUAAUAUACACUCUGUCAUGCAUUAUCACUUAUAAUAUAAUGCAGACAGUAGUGUCAAACCUCCAUGGAGUGUUGUGUUAGCUACUAGCCCAGUAAAUCUAUGCUUGUAGUUAAAAUAUCUGUAAUAACACACUACUGUAAGAUACAUCUUGAUAUUACAAAAGAACACUGUAAGGAGAGGAAGUACAUCAAAGAUGUAUAGACUUCUAAGCUUUGGCUAAAAUUACAUCUAGAUUAUUAUUAGAAAUGUUGUUGAAUAAGAUAAUAUCUUUGUUCUGUUUUCCAUUUCGUGACAGCACUUAUGAUGUCACUCUGAGCAGCAUUCAAGAAACAAAAAGAACACUCCGCCUCUUUCCGCUGAGACCACUGUUACUGGAGCACAGUUCAUUUACAACCAGUGGAGAAGAGACAGUGCAGUGGUGCAGUCAUACUGUCCGCACAAUGAUGAACUUUACUUUGGUAACAGCUUUACUCUGUACCUUCGGCUGGAUCUCUCUCUCGGUUUCUGAGUUUCACACUGUGGAGGUUCAGCCUGGUGAAGACGCCACUCUGCUGUGCUCCAACUUUACCACUUUAAUGUCUCACGUAUUCUGGUUCAAACUGGACAACAGACACAACAUCAGCUGCAUCUCCUCUAUGUUAAGCCAUGAUGGAAAUGUUUCAUUCUGUGAUGGAUUUCAAAAUGGAAAAUUUAACAUGACAUCCAACAUCACUACCCUCUUUCUGGAGAUCAAACAAGUGGAUGUAUCUGACUCCGGACUGUAUUUCUGUGGAAAUAAAGCAGAUGGAAACUGGCCAGUGAUUGUCAGUGCAACACAUUUAAGGGUUCAAGAAGCGUUUGAUGGAAUAACAGGCCUGAUGAUGCUCGGUGUGAUCCUGGGUGCUCUGAUUAUCGUCCUGGUUAUAGUCAUCAUUGGUCUGGCUGUCAAAACCACUAAACUGCAAACAGCUCAUAAAGAGAGACAGAUCCCACAAUGCAGUGAGGACCUGAACUCCGAAGCCUUGAACUAUCAAGCAGUGAGUUUCCAUCCGAAAGCAAAAAACAGCAGGCGGCCUUCAGAGACCCAGCUGGAGCCACAUGUUGUGUAUGCUGCCACCAGAUAGACUCAUAGAAACAUCUGGGACAACAGCUCAGAGUGGAACUGGUGCUUUAUCAUAUUGAUUCAACAUGUGUCAAAAAUACAUUUGUA